CCUUUGACCUUUCCUACCUUCUCUCUCUCUUUCUCCCACUUCUUCCCAACCCUGUUUCGGCCCUCCUUCUUCGUUUCCCUUGUCUACUUGAUCUGAUAAAGAAAAAUGUCAACCCUCUCUCCCUCGCUUUUCUCCCGUGUGUCUAGGUUGCCCAAGUCAGCGGGCCCGACCCUGCGCCUCUUCCGGCAAAAGCCCCGGCAGAGACCCCUUCCAAGGACACCAACGUCGUCAUCCUGCCCCCUUCGGUCGCCGAUGCCAUCCUGUCCAAGCAAAAGGCGGCCAAGCACAGCCAGCAGCAGGCCGCGCUCGAAAAGCAGCCCACGCACCAGAGCUCGACGCUGCUCUUCCUCUUUGGCUUCUUUGGCCUCAUCAUCCUCGGGAGCUACCUCGUUCACCGGGCCGGCGGACCUAAGGCCGUCGAGAUGGCGUUUGACCGAAGAUGGGCCCAGUUCAAAGACACCAUCUUUCGACGGAGAGGGGAUGGGACAGGCCAGCGGGGACGUUACUCAAUGGUCGAAUCUGGUCUCCCUCGAUAGAAUGGUCUUUCUUCUGUUUCUUUCAUCUUCCUUCAUCUCCACUCUCCAUCUCUCAUAAUCUCCUUGUAAUCUUCCCUCCGUGCUCACUCUUCGGUCGUCUCUUCCCCCAAUGGUUAUGGUGCUACAAGAUCAUAUGCCAGAUCGUAUGUGGGACGGGUGCCAUAG